AUGACGCCGAAUCCAAUAUCACCGACCAUCCCAUUUGAUGAAGACGGUAUUCAUCACGGUUUUCUGCGCCUGCCCUAUAGCCGCGAUGACUCCGCCUGGGGCUCGUUGAUGAUCCCGCUUAGUGUCAUUCGUAACGGUGCGGGGCCGACAGCGCUUCUGACCGGCGCUAAUCAUGGUGAUGAAUAUGAGGGGCCGAUAGUGUUGCAGAAUCUAGCCCACACGCUCGACCCUGCCACCAUCAACGGCAGAGUGAUAAUCGUACCAGUGUUCAACUAUCCGGCAUUUCGCGCUGCCCGCCGAACCUCACCUAUUGACCAAGGCAAUAUGAACCGUGCUUUUCCUGGUCGGCCUGAUGGCACGGUGACGGAAAAGAUCGCUGAUUAUUUUCAACGUACUUUACUUCCACUAGCGGAUGUGGUGUUGGAUAUUCAUGCUGGCGGCAAAACACUCGACUUCAUUCCCUUCGCGGCGGCGCAUGUACUUGCGGACAAAACUCAGCAAGCGGCUUGUGUCGCUGCCAUGCAAGCGUUCAACGCGCCUUAUUCGAUGAUGCUAUUGGAAAUCGACAAUGCGGGUAUGUACGACACCGCAGCCGAAGCGCAAGGCAGAGUAUUUGUCUCAACCGAGUUAGGCGGUGGCGGUACGACAACCGCAAGCUCUGUUGCUAUCGCCAACAAAGGUGUACGCAAUUUCCUUAUCCAUGCGGGCAUUCUCGUUGGUGAACUGGCGCUAACGCCGAGCAUCAAUCUUGAUAUGCCUGAUGGCGAUUACUUUGUGUUUUCUGAGCAUGGUGGACUGAUCGAACCGAUGAUUGAUUUGGGUGAGCAGGUGCAAAAGGGUGAUGCAGUGGCGCGUAUAUGGUCGGUAGAUCGAACGGGCGAGCCGCCGCUAAUUUAUCAUGCUAAGCGUGAUGGAAUACUGGCCGCUCGGCACUUUCCUGGUUUGAUUCAGGUGGGGGAUUGUAUGGCGGUGGUUGCAUUGGUGACAGACGAUCUCAAUUAG